ACAUCUUUUCCUCCCUGUCGUCCCCAGGUUAAGGACCGAGGUCCAGAAGCCACGAGAAGGUUCUUCAAUUGGUUCUACUGGAGCAUCAACCUGGGCGCGAUCCUCUCGCUGGGCGGCAUCGCCUACAUCCAGCAGAACGUGAGCUUCGUGACCGGCUACGUUGUGCCCACCGUCUGCAUCGGUCUCUCCUUCCUCAUCUUUCUCUGCGGCCAGAGCUUCUUUAUCACCAAGCCCCCCGAUGGCAGCGCCUUCACCGACAUGGUCAAGAUCCUGGUGUACUCCUGCCGCCCCCAGAAGCGAACGGCGGAGCCUAGCCCCAGCGGUGAAGGCGGCGGAGUCUCUCGGCAGCCUUCUAAACACAGUCUGUUUGGUUCCUGUAAGAUGUCCCACGGAGGGCCCUUCCCCGAGGACACCGUGGACGACGUGAGAGCCCUGGUCAAGGUGGUCCCCGUCUUCCUGGCUCUGAUUCCUUACUGGACAGUGUACUUCCAAAUGCAGACCACUUACGUUCUCCAGAGCCUCCACCUGCGGAUCCCAGAGAUCUCCAGCCUCACCGCCACGGCUCACACGUUCCCGGCCGCCUGGCUCACCAUGUUCGACGCGGUGCUCAUCCUGCUGCUCAUCCCGCUGAAGGACAGGCUGGUGGACCCCGUCCUGAGGCGGCACGGCCUGCUGCCCUCCUCGCUGAAGAGGAUCGCCGUCGGCAUGUUCUUCGUCAUGUGCUCCGCCUUCGCUGCCGGGAUCCUGGAGAGCAAGAGGCUGGACCUGGUGAAGGAGAAGACCAUCAACCAGACCAUCGGCAACGUCGUCUACUUUGCGGCCGACCUGCCCAUCUGGUGGCAGGUGCCACAGUACGUGCUCAUCGGCAUCAGCGAGAUAUUCGCGAGCAUAGCAGGCCUGGAGUUCGCCUACGCGGCCGCGCCCAAGUCCAUGCAGAGCGCCAUCAUGGGCCUGUUUUUCUUCUUCUCGGGCGUCGGCUCCUUUGUGGGCUCGGGGCUGCUUGCGCUGGUGUCCCUCAAGGCCAUCGGCUGGAUGAGCAACCACACAGACUUCGGCAACAUCAACGGCUGCCACCUGAACUACUACUUCUUCCUCCUGGCGGCCAUCCAGGGCGCCACCCUCCUGCUUUUCCUCGUGGUCUCGGUGAAGUAUGACCGGCAGCGAGCAAGGGCACAGGGGACGCCCGGCAGCCGGAGGGCCUGAGGGCCCAAGAUCCAAGCGGGUCCCUGAGACUGUCUUUCGGGGAGGAACCGGCCGGUGUGCUGAGCAAGGCCUUCCCUGCACCUUCCUGCCACCCGAUUGGUGUCUUCCGUCUGCCCAGACGGACUGCUAAGUGCCUUCCUGUGGCUGUUUCACGGGGCCUCCAGAGCAGAAGCGCAGGGGCAUGUCCCUCAUCAGGAAAGACCUGCCGGUCCUGCAGCCAGUUCUCUGCCAAGGCCACGUGUGGGAUGCUUGGCUGUGGCCACAUGUUUGCUGGCAUCUUCGUGGUUUACACACAUAUUAGCAUGUGAUCUGACUUCUUUUCUUUGACAAGUAAGCGUCCACUUCUGUUGGGGUGGGGGUUUCCAGGAGGCAGAGUGGUUGGACGCAGCCGAGACGCGGUCAGGGCCAAGGCCGUGAUCUCUCCUGAGCCGCACCCCUUGCCAUUGGUCCAGGCCAGUACUGAGAGUAUUUAUCUGCUGCUUCGGACACUUAUUUUUUAAACUGUUGACAUCGCUUUUUCUUUAAGUAGGAACAUAAAUCAGGAAAUACUAAAGCCCAUGUGUCCUAUCUCAAGCUGCAAACAGCGAGUAUUUGAAACCUUGCCUAAUGGGUCCUUGUGUGUCGUUUGGGUGUCACGAGACUAAAGACCGGUGGUGGGGCUGGAAGGAAAACGUUCUUAGGAACAAAACUGAUGUAGUUAGAAGUGAUGGGGAGUCAGAUGUGACCUGAGCUUUCCGACUGGCCUUCGAUAUCUGUAUAGUUGUUUUAUAUAACGUAGGGUCUGGUUUUGUUAAAUAAACUGUUCUUUAUUUGUUGCUGUAUUUUUGGUAUGAGCUUGUUAUUAAAAACACGUCAAGUUUGAGGACUGUGAACUAGUUCUCUGCAUGGUUCGUCCACCGUUAUUUAGUGUUUCUGUGUGGGUGUCACAAUGGUCCCUGAACCGUGACAUCGAAGGUUAACGUUUCCUGAGUUUGUCCCCCAGCAGCUCACAGUGGACUCCUGUUUCGUUCCCGAAACAACUGGUUUUCCAAGGGAGCGAUUCCCGAGCCUCUCUAUUCAAAUACAAACACGAAAACCCUGA